CUGAUAUUGUGUAGACAUGUAUAGGUGGGGUGUGGGGGUUGUUCAUUGUACUGCCAUGUGGUGCAUCCCAUUGUUCUAUUGUGUGUCUUGCUUGGGAGAAAACUAUUAUGGGGUGUAUGUGUUUGUGUAUUAGCUUGGUGGGGGGACUGUCUGCUGAUGUGUUUUCUUAUUGCUAAAUUUGGUUUGCCCCGCCCUGUGUCCAUAUGCGGGAGGUGGGUUGUUCUGUUGAAUGUUUAUAUCUUCAGUCUAUCUCCUGGUUUCCUUCAAGUCUGGUGCUGUCUCGUCUUGUAUGGGCAGCGGUGGUGUCUGUGGAUCUGU